AUGGACUGUUUUUAUGAUGAUUGUGAAGAGAAAGCGUGGUUUUUUAUACCUAGUAGAGGGAUUUGAGUCUGAGGUUGGCAUAGAGAAUCUGAAUUUGCAGAGGAAGAGAUUGAAGAUAUUGGGAGUAGCCGAGUUCUCCCUUACCUUUACUAUAUUUCUCACAUAGUAACCCAUUGCAGCUUCUCUAGAAGAUCGGACUAUUUGCAUGGGCUUAAUUCGCUGCAGUCUUCUGUUCAGGAGGCGCUUGAUAGCCAAGACUAUCAGAAGUGGAUGGUAAUUGAAGAAAGCCUUCAGGAUAUAUUUAAGAGUUUAUGAGAGGAACAAGAGAUCCAACAAUUUUUAAAGGAAAAUGGAGCUAUCAUAAGAGAUGCAAAAUAUUGACAAGGAAUUGAUCUUCCACAGUUGUACGACUCUAUAACCCACUCAUCCCACUCCAGCGUAGAAGAACAAAAAGAGCCUCCUCCAACAACCCCAAAAUCCUCUCUUCAUCUAUUCCACCCAAUUUCGCACCUCGACGUCCCAGACCCCCAACAAGAUGACGAAAUCCUCCAAGAUCACCACUUGUCAUCUGCCCAGGACACAAAUAAUUUUCCUUUAAUCCCCUCUGAACUUAACACCAUGGAGCUUAAGGAGAUCCUUCCUCCCAAAGAAAGUGGCUAUAGGCCUGAAGGCAGAGACGGUAGCCCAAUGUAUGAAGGUAGGAUGCAUGGGGUUGAGUAUGAAGAGGAGGAAGAUGAGGAUAGGGGGGUGUCUGUGGAUAUGAAAGCGUCGGGAGAUAGCUCUCAAGCUCAAACUUGCUUCUACAAAGCUAAUCGAUCAAUAUCUGAUCAAAUUAUGGCUCCAGAAAGUCUCCACUCAUACGACCAAAGAAUGCCCGUACUUCAGAAGGCUACAGAUAGUUCUGUAGAAUUCUUAGCUGACGAUCUCAAUGAAGAUUACUUUGGCUUUCGUGAUAUCUUUGAAAAUGAUUUAUAUAAGUCAGGGUUGGAAUAUCUCAAAUAAAAAUUGAAAUUUUAGGACAGAGUUUCGACAUCGUCGAUAUUUGUCUGAUAUUUUGAUGCCUAAAAUAAAUAACAUCAUCAGUAUGUCUACUUAUGAUAAUUAUAAAUUUCUUUGGAAGAUGAAAGGGAAGUACCUAAUAAAUCUAUGUGACUCAAAAUAUGGAGAAGUUGAAAACUCUUUCGAUCUUGACCUUGACUUGACUGUUGGUUGUCACUAUGCCUUUCUCACAGAAAUCCCAGAAAGAUUCGAAGGUGUCAACUCUAUCAGUCUUUUUAAUGUUCCUAAUGAAGAUGAAAGCGUUAAAAGAUACUUAACAGAUUACUUCCCUUACAAUCUAAAAUAAGUUCAUCUUCACACGGAAACUAUUUAAUUCAUCCACUCCAGAAACUAGUGAAAAUUAUUUCGACCAACACGGUUACAUCUUCUAUGAGAAAGAACUUUUAUUAGCCUGAAGUCAAACUCUGCAUGAAGUCGGAAUUCAAGGCUAUAUUUUGACACAAGCCCAGUUUGCCACCUUGAUGCAUGGAUUAAGAGAUAAGACAGUUGUACAGAUAAAUUUAUGCAAGAUUGGCAUUGACUCUAAGAAAAGCCUUAACCUGGAUCUUAAUGGAUGAAAAAUUAAGAUUUUAAGGCUUUUGUUAUGUGGAAAUACAAAGCUUAGCAAUUGGACGGAUUAUCCUGGUAGAUUCGAAACAAUUAUUAAAGCUCUUUCCAAAUGAAAAGAUUUUAAGAAGAACAAUCCGGUCAUUGAAAUAGCACAAUCUGACAUUUUAGAAGAUACAGCUAUAGAAAUAGCUUUACUAUAUGGAUUUUCAAAGAAAAAUUUGAGAAUUUACGACACACCAUCAAAUAUCUAACCAACAUUCAAUA